AAUCAAGACUCACAUAGAGGAAAUACUCUGUUUCGCAAUCCAAAUUCUUCGCAAUCUCGAUUGAAGAAUUUGGAAUUGUUGCGAUGGCAGAAGCAGUGGUGUCGACUGCUCUAGAAACCUUGCGCCAUUUGUUGUCGGAAGAAGCAAGGCUUUUAUAUGGUGUGAGUGACCAAGUGAGGCAGCUCGAGAUCCAGCUCAAAGAGAUGAAGUGUCUCCUCGAAGAUGCUGACAAAAGACGACAUGAAAGCAAAAUCAUUUUGAAUUGGAUCUCGGAGAUAAAAGAUCUUGUGCACGGAGCGGAGGCCGCCAUUGAAAGACACGCAGCUUAUCAAGUGAUGUCAAGGAGAAGACGAGGCCUGAGACACCUUAUCCGCAGAUAUUCUUGUAUUUUGGAAAAAUGCUACUCGCUCCACCAACUAGCCUCCGAGAUUUCACAAAUCAAAUCCGAUCUUGGAAGGGUAACCGAAGCCAUGCGAGCUUACGGAAUAAAGAACAUCAUCGAUCGCGGGGAGAGCUCGUCCGCCAACAACAGGGCAAGGAGGAGCUUCCCCGGAUUCGAGGUCGGAGACUGUUUUGUGGGGAUGGAGGAUGAGCUGAAGCAGCUUGGUAAUCUCCUAAGGCAAGACAACGAGGAGCGAGUUAUUUCAGUGUGGGGAAUGGGGGGUUCAGGCAAGACCACCAUUGCCAAAAAGCUCUACAACGAGACCAAUACAAACUUUGAUCUUUGCGCAUGGGUUUGCAUCACUCAGCAAUGUCAGAGUUUUCAAUCAGUUUGGAAUGAUGUUCUCAAGCAGCUAGAGCAUCAAAGCAGCAAGGUUGUAAGCGAUGAGCCACAACGAAUAAGGGAGGACGUUGUUCCAAAUCUAAGCGAUUGGGAGUUGAAGGAGCGACUAUGCAAGAUACAAAGAGACAAGCGUUGCCUCAUUGUUGUUGACGAUCUUUGGAAAGUUGCUGAUUGGAAUGAGUUGAAGCAUCCCUUCCUUGUCCAGAAUUUGCAAAGCAAAAUCUUGAUCACCACACGCAAAGAGGAAGUUGCAAAGAUUGGAUGCCCUGUAAAACUUGGGCUUCUAAAAGAGGAAGAUGCUUUGGAACUACUCAAGAACAAAGCCUUUCCACAUACCAAUAUUCCAGACUUUGCAUUGGAAGAAAAUUUUGAGAAAAUUGGGAAAGAAAUGGUGAAGAAAUGUGGGAAUUUGCCGUUGGCAAUUUCUUUACUUGGUGGGGUCUUGAGAAUGAAAAAUUCGAUGAUGGAGUGGGAGUUAGUAAAUGAGGAUAUCAAAGACUUCAUAUAUAGAGAUGAAAGUGAGAUUGAUGGAGUGCUAAAUUUAAGCUAUGAAAGCCUACCUUACUAUUUGAAGCCUUGCUUUCUCUAUAUGGGUUUAUUUCAAGAGGACGAAACCAUACAUCCUAUAGAGCUAUAUAGGAUGUGGAUAGCACAGGGCAUGGUUUCAUAUGAGAAUAUUCAUGACAGGGACAAAACUUUGACUGAAAUCGCGGAGCUCUACUUGGGGGAGUUGGCCUCCAGAUCCAUUGUCCAAGUUGAAAUUAACGAUGGUGUCACAACUGGAAGAAGAUAUUCGAGCUGCAAACUUCAUGAUGUAUAUAGUAAGAGAGCUAAGUUUAAAAUUGGGGAAAAGAGAGGAUUUUGGUGUUCUGAGUUUGGAGUACCAAACUGGGAAACUAACUACCUCACUACGGCAUAUGAAAAUACGACAUUUGGCUAUCCAUUUUAGAAGAGAAGUCGAACUGGACCUGUCGAGCUUGGAGAAGAUGCUAGCAAACGCUUAAGGUCUCUUCAUAUAUUCAAUCACUUGAGUAGCCGUUUUGCUGUUAAGUUUCCCUCGCAGAGUACCUUUGAUUUUCAGAAAUUCAAAUUGCUCAGAGACCUUGUUAUCAUCGGAUUCAAAUUUGCAGGUAGAAAGUUACCGAAAGGAAUCACUAAUCUUUUUCACCUUAGAUAUUUACGUUUAGAAGAAUGUGAAUUUGAUAAGAUACCGUCGUCCAUUAGGAAUUUGGUAUACAUGGAUACCCUUAAUUUAACUUAUUCAAAGAAUAUCAAAGUUCCAAAUAUUUUUAAGGAGAUGCAACGUUUAAAACACUUGUUUCUUCCCGAUUAUGAUGAGGAAAAUAUUGGAAAUUAUAGAUUAACAUUGGACGAGGAAGUGGUUGAGUUGGAGACCCUAUGGGAGUUGAAUAGUAGAGUUCACGAAUUAAAAUGUAUGAACAGAAGGAAGAAUCUUCAACGUUUUUCAGCAAGCAUACACGACAAUGAAAGCUUGUCAGCUAUCAUGAAUGCCAUUGCUACCAAUUGGAACAAGUUAGUGUAUUGUGUGGUUGAUAUCACAGGUGAUUGUGAGUUAGGAACAAAUGAGGGAGUGUUGAAAAAGGCAUUCACAUGUCCCAAUCUUCAUUCCUUGUUGAUUCAAGUUAAGUUGGGGAAUGUGCUGGCAAAGUGCGGGCGUGACUUUUUCAGCUCUAAACUUAUGAUUUUGGCCCUGUCGGAAUGUGAGAUUGAGGAUGAUCCAAUGGGGAUACUGGGGAAGCUCCCUUGCUUGACAGAUUUGUAUUUACUGAUGAAAUCAUUCGUGGGGGAGGAGAUGACGUGUCCUUCAAACAGUUUUCCUCACCUCAAAAAGCUUAUUCUAUCUGAAUUACCAAACCUGAGAGAGUGGAGAAUGGAUGCAGGAGCCAUGCCCCUUCUCUCUGAAUUACAGAUAGAUGAGUGCUCUCAUUUGGAGAUGCUUCCAGAUGGAUUGAGUGGCAUUUCUACUCUUCGGGAUCUGGAGAUUAAGGGAAUGCCGGAAUUGGGGAAGAGGAUAUCGGCAUCAGGAGAGGAUUUCCACAAAGUCAGCCAUGUCCCUUCAAUUAUUAUCCAAGACGAUGACUAGUCUCUACCCGGGUAAUGCCUGCAACAAUCUCUUUCUCAAUUCCCAAUUCUUUAUUAAAGCUCGAUAAGGUUUUAAUAAAGCUCGACCCAUUCUAAAGCUUGCAUCAUCUUUCUCUUGGUUGCAGGGUACUUUCCUCCCCCCUUGGAGCUACAGUCUUGUUUCAUUUCUCUUUAAUUACUUGCACUCUUUUCUAUGCAACCUUGUUUCGCUUUAAUCACUUAUUUUGAAAUAAAUGUGUAUAUACUUCCUUUUGUAUGCGGCUCCAAGGCUGAAAUCUGUUUGAUUUUGAUGAUUCUGCACAAUAUUGCUUAGUUCCAUAUGUAGAUGUUUUGGUGAGAUUCGACUCUGAAGAUUUAAGCUAUAUAAUUCUGUUCUUGAAUUGUGAUUUUUGUUGCUUGGUUGUUGAUGGUUUAAUUUACCAUUGAUUAAGCAAGAAAAAUUGGGUUAUAUAUGUUGAAGAUAUUGUUGAAGGACUUGAAGCUGCUUUAGUUGGA